CCAGUAUCAGAGAGUCCUUGAAGAGAGAAUGACAGGCUGGGGGGACUUUAUAAUAAAGUGUUUGCCGAACGGAGGUUGCCAGGUGCAGAGUGGCAAGGCCCUCUUGCAUCCUUCCGCUCGCGAGCCCCUAGGGCUCAGUCUCAGUCCCCGAUGCUGGGGGUCCAGAGCACCCUCUCAUUCACAUGUCUUCACCUGCUGCAUCCAGGAGUUUUUCUACGAUAUCAAACACAGUGACCUGGCGAAGAAGUCCCUGGACAUCUCAGUCUGGGACUAUGACAUCGGCAAGUCCAACGAUUACAUUGGAGGCUGCCAGCUGGGGAUCUCAGCCAAGGGAGAGCGCUUGAAACACUGGUACGAGUGUCUGAAAAACAAGGACAAGAAGAUCGAGCGCUGGCACCAGCUACAGAAUGAGAAUCACGUGUCAAGCGAUUAGGAUGGUGGCCAGGCCCCCAGCCCCUGCCCCACCCAUGCCCAGUCACCCCUAGCCUGCCCCAGCUGCCCGUCACACUCUGGUCUCUCUUCUCCCGGCCUCCCCACCCAGCCCUUCCUGAGCCUGCCUUUGCGGUGCCCCCGCCCAUGGGCACUGCCACCAAAGACCUCCUCCCUUGGCAAUGCUGCCAGGCCUGAGGAUGCGGCCCCUCUGGCCCCUCCAGGACGGAGCAGGAGGGCUGGGGGAUGGGCACAUUUUACAAGGAGGCCGUUAACUGAACAGACUCUGGGUUUGGGCACGUUACAAAGGUUCUUCACCGUUUGGGACUGUUCUUAGACACUCCUGGCCUUGAACACACAUGGACCAACUAGCGUUUCCUGCAUCACGUCUGCACAUGUCCUCAGUUUUCAGCUGCCCCAGGCAAGGCUGUGAGGACUAGUGAGCUCUGGGGCAGAACUAGUGCCCCCAGGCUCCCGCAGUCCCCGUGACAUACCCCCAUGGCCAGGAACACAGACCCCUGGGGUUAAACUCCUCAGAGGCUAGGAACACACCCUCCCUGCUCCAAACGCAUCAAGGAAUGGACACGAAGGACACACAGAGGGACUCGGUACCCCAUCAGGAAGCCCCUGUUUGCCUCCUUGCACAGAUUAGCACCCAUUCCCUACGACCCCUCCUCCCUCUCGCUCUCCUUUGCACCAUGUCCAGCUCGCCCUUUCUCCCGUCUCUCCUCUUCCCUCUUCUCCCAACUCUCUCCCCUUCCCCUCCUCUCUCUCUAAGGGGUAAAGCAGCAAAAGCAAAAAAUAUCUUAAUGCAGCCCCUCCUCCUCUUCUCGUUUCACCAGCUUGACAGACACAGGCAGAACCCUGAAGUUCUACUUAGGCCCACCCCGCCUAAAACCACCCACUUCUUUGCCAGAUGAGCCAGGUGGCUCAGCCCCAGGCCAGCAGCUGGCACUGCCCAAAGGGUGAAGCAGCACCCUAAGGCACAUAGAGGGGCUUUCUCAUCCCCUGGCCUCCCCAAGCGCACAGACAACAUUAGACACCAGAGUUCCGGGCCCCGGGGGGCCUCUCCAAAGCUCCAGCCAUUGUCCUCCCUCUGCUCUUAGUUAAAUGAGCAAACCACCCGCUCCCUGGCUCUCCGACCCAUUCGCAUCCUGUCCCUCGCUCUGAACUGCCUAGAACCUCUCUGUCUCUCUUUGUCUGUACCUUGGUCUCAGUCUCUCUUGUCUUCCUGUCUCUUGCACUCUCUUCACCAAGUUUGUCGGGAGAAUGAAAUAACCAUUGUGGGUCUAAUACUUUAAAGAGUGACAGGCAAUCUUCAGCGCCCCACGAGAAACUGAUUUUUCCCAGUUUCCAUGGUCUUUCUCCCACUGCCACAAACAUCACCUCUUCUUACCCAACAGUCCACCCUUACCUACGGAAGUCAUCCAAUGGACACUAAAACUCUCACUUCCUCCAAACACAUGCCUUUUAAUGUUCUCCUUCCACCCCCAGCUCCCUGUACAAUUCAGUGGAAGACACCAAUUUCUUGCCUUGGAUAACCAACAUCAAGCUCUUCACCUUCCCAAGAUGGCUGACAGCUUCCUGGCUGCCGUCUUCCCUCCCAACCCUCUCCUUCCCUGUCGGUCCCCUUGGUGCCCCCUCUCAGCCCACUGCCUUUCCCCGGCUUGCCCUUGGGAGAAAGCAUGCUGGCUAUGUUGCCCAUGCCUAACGCUGGUAUUGGCGCUAGAAUCAGCACAGUGAGCUUUUGCUCUGUCCGGGCACGCCCUCCCCCGACCAGUGUAACCACCUCCCUGCCUAGAAUACACACACACCCUCUGGUGCAUGCAGAACCACCCAUUUCCUUUCUUUGUGCUGAUGUAGCCAAAAAUAAAGUAGGAAUAUCCAGGAAAACUGGUGGCCUGGGUUUUUCCUUUCUGGUUUCUGGAAGUUCUUUCUCUCCAUCAGGGUACAUGCCGCUACUUGGAUAGCCAGUAUUUAAUGAGCACCU